GGAAAUGAAAGUGAAGGCGGUUUAUAGAAGUUAGAACGUCUGUCUGGUUGGUAGCAUACCGUAAUUAACAAGAAAAUGGGAGUUCACGGUCUCUGGGAACUACUCGCUCCCGUGGGUCGCCGGGUCUCCGUUGAAACCCUCUCCGGGAAAACUCUCGCCGUCGACGCGAGCAUAUGGAUGGUGCAGUUUAUUAAGGCAAUGCGUGACGAGAAAGGUGAAAUGGUUCGCAACGCUCAUUUGCUUGGAUUCUUCCGUCGCAUUUGUAAGCUUUUGUUUCUACGGACGAAGCCUGUUUUCGUUUUUGACGGCGGAACCCCUACAUUGAAGCGCCGCACUGUUAUUGCUCGCCGUAGGCAGCGUGAAAAUGCCCAAGCUAAAGUCCGUAAAACUGCUGAGAAAUUGCUUCUCAAUCACUUAAAGGCAUUGAGGUUGAAGGAACUGGCUGAUGAUAUUAAGAACCAGAAGCUGAAGCAAACGAGUGGCACAAAGUGUCAGGAAAGAUCUAAUCAAGUAGACUUUGUUGGUAGUGAUUUAGGAAGAAGUAACACGAUAGAGCUAGAAGAAAUGUCUGCAGCUAUAUCUGUGCCUAAGGAGGUAAGAAAUCUAUCGCAGAAUAUAAUAUCGACAAGCUGCAACCAAGAGGAGCUUGAUGAAAUGCUGGCAGCGUCUAUAGCUGCAGAGGAAAGUGGAAUGCGAUCCCGAGAAGUAGUGGCAUCUACUGUAAUGAAUUCUUCAAAUGCAGGCGAAGAGACGAUACUGCCAUCAGACAAUGCGGAAGUUGAUUUAGCUGUUUUAGCUGCUUUGCCACGCUCAAUGCAACUUGAUAUUCUUGCGCAGCUUAAAGGGAAGAAAACAGAAGGACUAAUGAAGCAAGUUGACCACCAGAUAAGACAUGAGGUCGGUGAUUGUGGCAAAGGUAAAAGCAUUAUUUUCCAUGAAACUGACAUGGUUGGGUGUAGCUCAAGACGUGAUGUCAAUGUGACAUCAAGGAGUGACAAUCAAAACAAAAUUGAUGAAAUGUUAGCCGCAUGUAUUGAUAUGGAGGAAAAUGCCAAAUUAGUAAAUAAUGCAUCAAAUUCAAGUUUUCUUGGGGAUUCCACCAUUAAGGAAAAUGAUGAUAACUAUGAUGAAGAUGAAGAGAUGAUACUGCCAGCUAUGUACAGUGAAGUUGAUCCAGCUGUUCUGGCCUCUCUGCCUCCAUCAAUGCAACUGGACCUCCUUGUUCAGAUGAGAGAGCGAUUGAUUGCAGAGAACAGGCAAAAGUAUCAGAAAGUCAAGAAGGAUCCUGCAAAGUUCUCUGAGCUACAAAUACAAGCUUACCUUAAAACUGUUGCUUUCCGUCGUGAGAUAAAUGAAGUGCAGAAAGCUUCUGUUGGAGGAGGAGUAGGUGGUGUACAGACUUCACGAAUUGCAUCGGAAGCCAACCGAGAGUAUAUAUUCUCCUCAUCUUUUUCGGGUGACAAACAAGGACUUACCUCCACCAGAUUAGAGAGAAAUGUCGAAGAUACACAGCAAAUGGAACGCGGAAAACGUCCUUCCCAGAAUUUUAUAAAUAACAUAGCAGCAGGAAAUGUCUCUAAUACUUCAAAUGGAUUGGUUUGCAAUGAACCUAGUGAGCCUGUUGAUGAAAGUAUUGAGACAUAUCUAGAUGAGAGGGGUCGAUUUCGAGUUAGUAGAUCAAGAGCUAUGGGGAUGCGUAUGACCCGCGAUAUCCAAAGAAAUUUGGAUUUGAUGAAGGAGAUUGAGCAUGAAAGAACACAUGCAAACAAGGUUGAUAACAUUCAAACUGUGCUAACUGCAGAAAAUAGUCCAUCAGAAUGUUCUGGGAACCAGCUUGGUGAUAAAGCACGGGAGGUGAGUUUCGACUUGGUUGGAGAGAAAGUGCAAAAUGAAAAAUUGAUGCUUGGUAAGGAUACUUCAAUAGAGGUAUCCUUUGAAUAUGAUUGCAAUAAUGAAUUUGUAAGUGGUGGGGACGAUAUAUUUGCCAGUUUAGUAGGAGGAAUAUCUACGGUACACUCUCAUGCUGAUGAUACUGUGGUGGAAGUGCAACCUUCUGGUUCUGAUUCAGAUUGUGAUUGGGAAGAAGGAAUUGUUCAGAGUCAGAAUACCAUUUUUCCUGGAUAUGAUAAAGUGGAAUUAAAGUCUUCUGGUGCAGGUGAGUAUAAUAAUAAUGAAAGUGAAGAAGAAUGGGAAGAAGGGGAUUGUAAUGGUACUAAAAGCACCGUAUUGUGUCCAGCUGAGUCGGGAAAGUUGGCAUCAAAAGGGAGCUUGGAAGAGGAGUCUGAUUUGCAGGAGGCAAUUAGGAGAAGUCUUGAGAGUACACAGGAUGGGAAAUUUAAAUGCAUGUCAUCUGUAGAUGAGCACUCAAGUGCUUAUGAGAAUAAGUUGAAUCCUAAUUUAGAACAUGGUGAUAACGUGAAUCAUAUUGGCUCAAUGGAUUUGAAUGAUAAUGUGGAGGGUUCCGAUUUGCCUAGGGAGGGUUGUACUGAACACAAUAAGUUACUUGAAACUGUAGGAGACAAAAAGGAAAUUCAUGUGACUAGAAAUAGCCUGGAAAAUUUUGUGACAUUUAAUUCCAAUGACACUGAUAUAUUGAUUGGCGAGCCUAGCAAACUGGAUGGACACUUUAGAUAUGAAAAUUCAAUUUCAGAUGCAAAUGGCAUGAUGAUGGUUGACAUUCCUAAUCCUAUUGUUGCAGAGGAAUUAUUGGAUAAUGAUGAUGAUGGUAAAGCGUCUUUGUGCUGUAACAAUUCAUCCAAGGUUGAUCCACUUGGUGUGACUGAAGAGGGGAAAAAGGAAUAUAUUAAUGAAUCUGAACCUUUGAGUAAUUCUGACAAUAGAAAGACUGCCAUUCUUUUCAUGGAGUCAUCCUUGAAAGGAGCUAAAGAAGACCUAGACAUGGAGUUAAAAUUGCCUUCAGUUAACAAUGAUGGAAAUUUACCUAUGAAAAGGAAUAGUAACCUCUCCCAAGACUCAAUGAACGCCCCAGGAGAUUUUCCUGUACAAUUGGAUGAGGUUCGAUUGAAUGAAGAAAUGCAAAUUCUUGGUCGGGAAUAUAUGAACCUAGAAAAUGAGCAGAGGAAGCUUGAGCGUAAUGCAGAAUCCGUCAACAGUGAAUUAUUCACUGAAUGUCAGGAACUUCUGCAAAUGUUUGGCUUGCCAUAUAUUAUUGCUCCUAUGGAAGCUGAGGCACAGUGUGCUUACUUGGAACUCUCAAAACUGGUUGAUGGUGUUGUGACUGAUGACUCUGAUGUCCUUUUAUUUGGGGCGCGCAGUGUUUACAAGAAUAUAUUUGAUGAUCGCAAAUAUGUGGAGACAUACUUCAUGGAGGACAUCGAAAAGGAGCUUGGAUUGACCAGAGAAAAAUUAAUUCGCAUGGCACUACUUCUUGGGAGUGACUAUACUGAAGGUGUAAGUGGGAUUGGCAUUGUUAAUGCUAUUGAGGUUUUAAAUGCAUUCCCUGAGGAAGAUGGCUUCCUGAAAUUCCGGAAGUGGGUUGAGUCACCAGAUCCCACCAUCCUUGGAAGGUUGGAUGCAAAAUCAGUAUCAAAUACCCAAAAGAAAGGGUCAAAAGCUGCAUCAGACCAGAACAUCUCCCAUGACCAGGAAAAAAAGGAGUCACCUGAUUACAUCCACCAAACAAGGCAAAUUUUCAUGGACAACCAUAGAAAUGUUAGCAAGAAUUGGCAUAUUCCUUCUUCUUUUCCAAGUGAAACAGUUAUAUCUGCUUACGUAUCUCCACAUGUUGACAAGUCGACUGAGCCUUUUACAUGGGGAAAGCCAGAUCAGCUUGUUCUUCGCAAAUUGUGCUGGGAGAAAUUUGGGUGGACUAGCCAGAAAGCCGAUGAAUUGCUGUUACCUGUUUUAACGCAAUACAACAAACAUGAGACUCAACUGCGGUUGGAGGCAUUUUACAGUUUCAAUGAAAGAUUUGCAAAAAUUCGUAGCAAGAGAAUCAAGAAAGCAGUAAAAGGAAUUACUGGUAAGCCACCUUCAGAUUUAAUAGCUGAUUCUGUGGAGAACAUGUCCAAGAGUAUGAAAAAUGGGAGAGGAAGUCCUGUUCAAGCUGUGAAUGACAAAUUGGAGACUUUGAAGGGAACAGAGGAAAGUCUUGCAGGUAGGAAGAAAUCAAAAUCUAAAGAGUCAGCGAAAAGGAAUAAUGAUGGGGAUACUGUUGCUAAGCCAAAUACAAAGAAAAAGAAAAUCAAUGAUUGUUCUGCUUCUGAGGUUGAGCAUUUACAACCAUAUAUGAAAACAGAAGGAGCACAACAUGAUGGGAAGGAAUUGGUUUGGAAUAAACGUGGCAGUGGGCAAGGAAAAGGUAUAGGUGUUAGAGUAAAAAUAGGCAGGGAGAAGAGAAGUCGUCGUUUUCAAUCAUCUGAAACUGAAACAUCAUCUAGUAGUAGUGAUAUUGACAAUCAUGAGCCAAGCGCACAAGUUGAUGUGUCAACAGUUCCAGAAGUUGUGCGAAGGUCAAUGCGGUCUCGGAAACCUGUCAACUAUUCUUUCAAGGACCUUGAAAUUGAAGAUGAUGUUGAUUCAUUUGAUGAGAGCAAUCAGACUUGCUUGCAUGGAAAGCUAUUAGAAGGAAAAUCAUCUUGCAGUGAUGAUGCCGAUGGAGAUGGUUUCAGUAGAGGGAAAGAAAGCGGUAUGACAGAAAUUCCUCUGAAGGAUAGCUCAUCCGGAGACUAUCUAGAGCCAGAAACAGACGCUGGUGCAACAUCACCAAGGACUCACCCUUCAAAUGACUAUCUUGAAAUGGGAGGUGGGUUCUGUGUAGACGAUAGUGAGAUGGAUAACAACCCUGAAGCAAUCGACGGAGACUUGAACACAGCUACCCCAAACUGUCCACCCUGUUCUGAAGUUUUGGGUGAAACUGAUCAUGAUAAAAGUAGUUCAGAUAUAUUAUUUUCAGGUGCUGAAAAGGUUACAAGUAAGAUACACGAUGGAGGGAAAAAUGAGCAACUUCUAAAUGCUGACAUGGGGGUCUCGAUACCAGAGAAUGCUCAUCAUAAUAGUGAGAGCUCGAAGGUAGCUUUUAGUGCUAUGCCGUUUUUGAGGAGAAAAAGGAAGAAAUGAAACAUUCCUAGUUCUGAAUGUCUCAGUUCAUCCAGCACUGUAAAUUGUUUUGUAAUUCUUUUUAUCUUCCAUUUGAUUGUGAAGAGAGGGCCGUGUUGAAAUGAUGGUUUAUACAAUUGAGAUGUUCUGUUUCCUGUGGGUUUGUAUAUACAUAGUUUUAAUAGUUAUUUUUAAACUAUUUAGUGGUUAUAUCAUUUGUAUAAGCUUUAUUUAAUAUUUGAAGUUGAUAUUAA